AUGAUCCAGCUAUUUCGACGAAUUAUCAGCAGAAACAACCUUUGUAAAUUCCAUGGGAAACUUCAAGUAGCGAACUUCAAUAGCAGAUCGCCGACUGGGACGUAUGGAGGUAGACACACAGUAACAAUGUUGCCUGCAGAUGGCAUAGGCCCGCGACUGAUGCAGGGUACCCAGGAGGUUUUUAGGAGUGCUGGUGUGCCCAUAGAUUUUGAGGUAGUCACUUUUAGUCCAUUAAACUCAGAAGAAUCUUCUGAAACAAUUGAAGAUGCGGUUACGUCAGUGCAACGAAAUGGUGUAGCGCUGAAAGGAAACUGGAUGUCAAUAAUGGACGGUCCACAUGACAUGUCUUCAAAUGUCCAGUUGAGACAUAACCUUGAUCUAUUUGCAAACGUUGUAAGAUGCAAGUCGUUUCCAAGUGUUGAAACAAGGCACAAAGAUGUAGAUGUUUGUAUAGUGCGUGAAAAUACUGAAGGGGAAUACAGCCACUUAGAACACGAAAAUGUAAGUGGAGUCAUUGAAAUGAUGAAAAUUGUUACUGAAGAAAGAUCUGAAAGAAUCGCAGACUUUGCCUUCAGAUAUGCCAAGGAAAAUGGAAGAAAAAAAGUAACAGCAAUCCACAAAGCAAAUAUCAUGAAAAUGAGUGAUGGAUUAUUUCUAAAUACAUGCAGAAAAAUAUCUCAUUUAUACCCAGACAUUGAGUUCAGUGACAUGAUUAUCGAUAAUUGUGCUAUGCAGCUUGUUUCAAAUCCAAAGCAAUUUGAUGUAAUGGUAAUGCCUAACCUUUAUGGAAAUGUCAUCACAAACAUUGCAGCAGCCUUAGUUGGUGGGCCUGGCAUUCCUCCUGGUGCCAAUUAUAGCAAUGAUUUUGCAGUCUUUGAAUCAGGAACACGCAACAGUGGAAAAGCAAUUGCUGAUAAAAAUAUUGCCAACCCAAUGAGUUUUCUUUUUGCUGGUACAAAUAUGCUACGGCAUCUUGGUUUGUCAAGCUAUGCUCAAGUCAUAGAUAAAGCAAUUGAAAAUAUUGUUGUUAGCAGAAGAGCCAGAACCCCUGACAUUGGGGGACAGACAACAACAUCAGAAUUCUUUGAGAUUCUUGAGAAAGAAAUUGAAGCUAUGAGGUCUAAAAGAAGGAUGUACCCAGCUCAAUAAAGUAGUUUUUGUUUUAACACCAAAUGUUGGAAAAAAUGUGGUUUAAAGUGUUUAUUUAAAACUUGGAUGAAUUCAGAAUACCGUUAUCAAAUAUUAUAUUGAAAAUUCUUGUAUUAUUUACCAAUGAGAUUGUUGUACUAUGUUGUUUUGAAUAUGUUGCUCUAAUGUUUUAAAAAGGCAGAUCUUUAUAACAAUUUAAAGGACUCAAA